AUGUGGGUUAUCUGCCUUUUAUUUGCGCCAAUUGUGGCAGCCAGUUACAAUACAAGGCUGCUAAAUAACAUCCUUAGCUAUGUGGACGACGAUUCCAAUGCCUGUGGACACUUUUACAAUCAUGUCUGCGGCAAGUACAAUGUACGCCACAUGGAUGAUUCCUUCUACGACAUUAUCCAAAUGCUGGACCACCAGGUUAACCAGAACUUCGUUAAACUAAUGGAGGAACUGGAACUGCGGCAGAGUUUUCAAUCGCCGGGCUUUAAUGAGUCUAGUGUGCAGGCUAAAGUCCUCCGUUUCUACCUCAGUUGCCGUGAAACCCAGCGAAAUAUGAGCAGCUUAGAGCAGUACCUCAAUCUGGCUUCUCCAGGCGAAGGACUCACCUGGCCCCAAUUCACUCCAAAUGGUAGGACGUGGCCCCAGAAACCGUUUAAAUGGCUGGAGACCGUUGCUUAUCUGCACCGAUACGGCCUAAACCAUGUUUUCCUAAACCUAGACGUCAUAUUGAACCCUCACAACGCCAGCGAAUAUCGAUUGGAAAUCAGAAAGCCCAGUUUUGCAGAAGAUUCACAACACUUGCACAGUUUUGUGGAAACACUGGCCAUUCUCUACAUCUUGAAGGUCCCGUCAACUGAAAUCGUACCUCUAGCACGAAAGAUCCGAAAUCUGGAGUUUGAUAUAAAAAUGUUGGCCAAAGAAUACGAUUUUGUUGAGAGUGGACUUUUCAGUGUGAAACAAUUGGAAAGCAGAACCGGUCACAACUGGCAGCGAUUCUUUGAGAUAACAGUUGGCCACAGUAUUACACCAGAAUUCCGGGUGCUGGCACAGCAUUUAAGGUACUUCACUUCACUUAAAAAUCUGAUGGACAAACAGCAAGAUGCACAGGUGGUAGCCAGCUAUAUAAUGACAAGAUUUGCAUUAUAUAUACUUCAAGACACAGAGGACAGCAAAGAGCCCAUCGCUUGCAUCACGGAUGUUCGCCGAAGCAUGAAUCUGGCCGCCAAUCUGCUUUAUAGGGAGCGCUUUCUAGAAACCUCAAACUUAAAUACCUACAUCCAUGAAAUUAAUAACAUUUUCGAGCAAUUGCGCCGCCAGUUCCUGCUGCAAGUCGAACACAAUCGCCUCGAGUUAACCGACACCCAGAAGAGAUAUAUCGCUCGGAAGGCAGAGAGUAUAAUACUCAACAUUGGAAACUUUCCAAUAACCGAUGAUCUUCACAACUUUGUCAGUCGACACUACAAGGAAUUGGAGUUUUCCUCCGGAGACCUUGAUUUCCAUCGUGAUCACCUUAAGUUGCUGCAAUUUCGCAUCCGAAAGAUAAUGGCACAAUCCAUAAAAGUGCACCAAGACGAGAAAAAUAUUUUGACUUACCCGAACCAAGCUUGGCCAUAUCCUCCAACUCAGCCUUUCUUUGUGCCGGACAGCGACGAUGUGUUUAAGUAUAGCCUGAUGGGAUUUACUCUGGCACAUCAGUUAAUGAAUGCCUUUGACACCAGCGGCAUCACAGUUGACAGCAAUGGAAACGAUCAAAAAUUCAAGUCACAGCGGUUCGACGAAGCUGUGGAGUGCAUGUAUCGCAACGGAACACGAAAUAUAGAUGAACGCAUAGUCGAUAAAGGCGGUCUGGAGCUGGCCUAUACUACAUAUUCUAAAAAUGGCAAGAACCGAAUAGACUUCACCCAUCUGCAACCGGAAAAGAUAUUCUUCCUCAGUUUGGGGCAGUUCUUCUGCGGAAAUAGCGAUUUUAAUGCAGAGUACAAAGAUGACCAGGAGCGUUUGCAGCAACUUCUAAACGGUUUCGAACCCUUUGAUGAGGUUUUUGGAUGCCGCCGAAAUGGCCCUCAGCUCGAAAAGUGCCAGCUGUGGUGA